AGAAUGGAAUCAUUGAAUCUGAUAAACUGUUUUGAAAUAAAUAUAAAAAUUUGGAAAAUCAUUGGAUUAUGGCCGGCUAAUUAUUCGUGGAAGCAGUAUAAUAUUUUAUCUAAAAUAUUUAUUGCAGUUAUGGUUUUUAUAUUUGAUAUGUUGAUAACAUUCAACUUAUUUUUCAUAACGAAACACUUAGACUUGUUCAUCGAAAAUAUUUUGUUUUAUUUUACAGCAUUAGUUUCACUAUCGAAAGCCAUCACAUUUUUAACAGCACGUGAUUUAAUAACAAAUAUAUUCUAUAGUUUGCAAAGAGAUAUAUUUCAACCUAACAACGACGAUGAAUUAAAAAUAAUUAAGAGAGCAAAUUCAUUUAAUAUAACAUAUUGGAAAAUCGUAGCUAUCGUAUCGCUUGCAUCUCAUAUAGCCCAUAUCAUAGUUCCGAUUAUAAUGCAUUUAGUUUUCUCAGAGGAUUUGCAGUUACCAGCAUGUGACUACAGUUUUCUUUCCAAAGAGUUUUUUGAUAAAUUUAAAUAUUUGUUAUAUUUGUACCAAUGCUUCGGAAUACAAUACAUAAUACUAAUAAAUCUUAAUGUCGAUACUUUUAUUCUGGGUUUAAUGGUAUUGACUAUAGCGCAACUGGAUGUACUUGCUUUAAAAUUAAGAAAUGUAACUGAUUUGACAAAUGUUAACGAAAUUUAUUGUGAAACAGCUACUAUAGAGAGAAUACAUAACUGUGUUAAACAUUUUGAAGAAAUAGCCAGAUUUUGUAGUCAAGUACAGCGUGUUUUUAGUUUUAUUAUAUUCGUGCAGUUUAGUAUGGCUUCAUGCAUUAUUUGCGUUUGUCUUUUCAGAAUGACAAUGCCUGCUCCUAUUGCAUAUGACAUUUUUCUUGUUACAUAUAUGUGCAUUGUGAUCCUGCAAAUAUUAGUACCAAGUUGGUUUGGGUCUAAAAUAGUGGAUAAGAGCCAAUCGCUUACCAUAGCUGCAUAUAGCUGUGCCUGGAUACCAAGAUCUCGUAGAUUUAAAAGCAGCCUAAGACUGUUUGUUGAAAGAGUCAACGUUCCACUCUGCAUAGUUGGCGGGAAAAUGUUUGUAUUGUGUCUAAAUACUUUUACUUCUAUAAUGAAUUCAGCGUAUUCUUUCUUUACGUUACUGCGACACAUGCAAGCGAGAUAA